AUGCAUGCGGACACUGUAGCCGGGGCAUGGUUCCCGGGUCCCCGGGGAGAGAGGCAUGAUUUGAACGCCCGAGGGCCACGGUCCAUGGUCCACAGGGGAGAAUGGAAGAAGAAAGGAAGGAGGAAGAAGGUCCCUUUUUUUCUUCUUCACUCGACAUACGCCCAUACACUAAACCCCGUCCAUCGGGUCCCCAGUCAGCCCUCAUCCAGUGGGAAACAUUACCGGUCAGCGACCUCCGUCUCCACCGGGAUCCAUUUUGCAUGGAUUCCGCAUGGGUGCCCGUGGAAAGAAUGGCACGGUGACUUGGACGAACCCAACAGAGCCACGUACUAUGUAGAUACCUACGCCUCUCCCCCCCCGGUAGCUGAGGGAAACUGA